AUGACAGCCAAAGCCCAUAUCCGCUCAAACUGCUUCCCUUCGAGGACUCACCCCGUGAUCGAUAAUGUGGACGAGAAGCUACUUCGGCUCCGAUCCUCCAAAGCAGCAUCCUCCUCAUCCUCAGCCUCAUCAGUAUGCCAAGAGUUGGGAGGCCUUCAGGGUCUAUACGACAGCAUAGAUGACUGGCUCCGGUUGUCUCAGACACAACAGGUCCUCUCCCAUCAAAACAGGAAAUGCAUGGAGGACUUGUUGGAUGGAUCUCUGAGAACGUUGGAUGUUUGCGGGACACUCCGGGAUGUUCUCUCGCAGAUGAAGGGAUCCAUUUAG